AUCUAACCUCAAACCUCACUUGUAUCCAUGAUUAUUUCCAAAUUUAUACAAAAUUUAUCACUGGGUGUUUGUCAGUAGAUAAAACUCAUGUCUUUCGGUGAUAUUUUUGAUUAUUUAUUUAUCAUUUUGUGUUUUGUGGCGUAUUCCGUUGGCGGUGCGUUUGUAACUGAUGCAUUUAUGAUCUAACACUUGCAGAAUCCAAUCAUGAAUCAGAAUCAGCCCGAAAUGAAUGAGAAGUUGAGCCAGGAGAAUGGCUCAGGGAUUAUAAUGGAGAAUAUGACAAGACUAAUUUGAUUAUUAAUUACCUGCCGCAAUCGGCGACGGUUUACGACAUGAUGAUGCUCUUCAAGCUGGCUGGUGAGCUGGAGUCGGUGAAGAUUAUGAAGCACCCGAGGACUGGGUAUAGCUAUGGGUAUGGAUUUGUGAAGUACAUCAGUGAGGAGAGCGCGGCGAAGGCGAUUGAGUUAUUCAAUCGCUUGCAGUAUAGGAAUAAAAUACUGAAGGUGUCUUAUUCACGACCAUCGAGUCAGGUGACGAAGAACGCUAAUUUGUAUAUUAGUAACCUGCCGAAGUUCUUCAAUGGCGAACAGUUGAUUGGACUGUUUGGGCAGUAUGGGGAGAUAAUUCAACAUCGUUUGCUGCGUGAUAAAACCACUGGAUUGCCGCGUGGCGUUGCUUUCGUGCGUUAUGCACGUGCUGAAUUUGCGCAAUCAGCCAUCAAUCACCUGAACGGUAUGAAACUGGCAAACUGUCAGUAUCCACUGCGCGUGCGUAUCGCGGAUGAUUACUCACAGCAGAGAGCUAAUCUGUUUUAUGAUAUGUCGCAUGGUGAUCCACGUGGUUUACCGCAGUAUUUAAAUCGCACGUUCGCGCAGAUGUCGCUGCGUAAUAAUUCACCGCACUACCAUAGAUUCUUUGGCGGCGGCGCUGGCGAUUUUGAUAUUCCAUUCCUCAAAGGUCCAUGGUAAAAACAUCUACGCUAUCAUGUGUCAAAGACUAUCAAAGAAGUUAUCGAAGUUUUUUGUUUUCACUUUCAUAUUUCACAUUUCAUCUCGAUUUGUUUUCUGUUAGUUUGAAUUUUAUUUUAUGACCGCCUUUCUUCCCCAAAGAGGCGUGAUAUAUGACGCUGGUCGUCUGCUUCCCAUUUACCAAAAUGGCCGCCUGAUGUCUUUGAAAAGCAGAGGGUUUCGGUUUCUAUUGCGUUUGAUUUUUCGAAUUUUCAUUUACUUUUUUCGCUUUUGAUUGAGACCAUGGCUGGUGCGUAAAUGGGGAAUAUACAAGCCUUAUUUAUUUUUUAUAUUUUUAUUGCGUAUAUUUUUACUCAUUGACGAAGAAUGCCAGCAAGCGCGCCAAAUUCUCAUCAAUCACUCGCAUCUCUCACCGCUCACGCUCAUGUAGUUAUGUUUUAUCGCCCAAGAUGCAUUGGAAUGUGCAAUAUGUUGUUUAUUUAUUGUGUUUUAUAUUGAUAUUGAAUAUAUUUGUUGAAUAUA